AAAUCACCACUCUGCCCUAAUUCAGAUCGACGUCCGCGCUUUCCCACCGCUCUCGCUCGUUCUCUCUCUCUUUUUCUCAUCCCUCUGAACUCACCUUCCUCUAGGGUUUCGUCUCUCUCUUUCCUCUCUUUUGUUUCUAGACCUUUUGCUUUCUCUAUCGAGAGGGCGGUGCCUCUGUCUGCUCUCAGAUCUGUGCUCUCUACGCUGUAGGGUUUCCAUUUUUAUCAAUUCGGUUUGAUAUUCUUGGUUUUUCGUUUCGAUGUUUGGUCGUGGCGAUUUAGGGUUUCGUUCGUCAAUUUUCGUUGAUUCUUGCGGUGAAGGGUUCGGUUUUUUACGGCGGCGCCUCCGAUCUUGGUUUCUUGGAUUCUAGGGUUCGGGGUGGAAAUUGGGUUGAUUUUGGUGUUUUUUGGGGUUUGGAUUCGGAUAUAGGUGUAGGGUUUGAUUUUAUUUCAUUUUUAUUUUUAUUUUUUUUAGUUUUUUGGGGUUUUGUUUUGUGUCGGUAUGGUGAGUUCAAAGGGGUUGGGGGAUUCGCCGCCUCGGCAAUCGGUGAAGCAGUAUGGCGUGACGAAGCCGAUAUCUGUUGCGGGGCCGACUGAGGUGGAUAUUCAGAGGAGCUUGGAGUUGGAGAAGUUUUUGGUGGAUGCCGGGCUUUAUGAGAGCAAGGAAGAAGCAAUUAAGAGAGCAGAGGUUCUUGAUCGGCUUGGGCAGAUUGUAAAAGAUUGGGUGAAGCAGCUGACACGCUUGAGAGGGUACACAGACCAGAUGGUGGAGGAUGCAAAUGCUGUGUUAUUUACUUUUGGUUCCUAUCGGCUUGGGGUGCAUGGUCCUGGGACUGACAUAGACACUUUAUGUAUUGGGCCAUCAUAUGUGAGUCGGGAGGAGGAUUUCUUCUUUAUAUUGCAUAACAUCCUGGCAGACAUGGAAGAAGUUACAGAACUACAGCCAGUUCCAGAUGCACACGUUCCAGUGAUGAAAUUUAAGUUUGAUGGAAUAUCAAUUGAUCUUCUUUAUGCGAGUAUCUCUCUUUUGGUUGUGCCAGAAGACUUGGACAUCUCUGAUUUGUCUGUACUAUACAAUAUUGAUGAGCCGACUGUUCGAAGUCUUAAUGGCUGCAGAGUUGCAGAUCAAAUUCUUAAGCUCGUUCCAAAUGUUGAGCAUUUUCGCGCAACACUGCGAUGUUUAAAAUUUUGGGCUAAAAGGCGUGGUGUUUAUUCCAAUGUUACUGGAUUUCUUGGUGGUGUGAACUGGGCUCUUCUUGUGGCUCGGGUGUGCCAGCUUUAUCCUAAUGCGGUACCUAGUAUGCUGGUUUCCAGAUUCUUCAGGGUUUACACUCAGUGGCGCUGGCCGAACCCCGUGAUGCUAUGUGCAAUAGAAGAAGAUGAACUUGGUUUCUCUGUCUGGGAUCCCCGCAAAAAUCCUCGAGAUCGAACUCAUCACAUGCCAAUCAUAACACCUGCUUAUCCUUGCAUGAACUCGAGUUAUAAUGUGUCAAUAAGUACACUUCGGGUUAUGAUGGAGCAAUUUCAAUAUGGGAAUAAGAUCUGUGAGGAGAUAGAGCUGAGUAAAGCUCAGUGGGGUGCUCUGUUUGAGCCUUACCUGUUCUUUGAAAGCUACAAGAACUAUCUGCAAGUUGACAUAGUUGCAGUUGACAUUGAUGACUUGCGUGCUUGGAAGGGUUGGGUGGAAUCCAGGCUGAGGCAGUUGACUCUGAUGAUAGAGAGGGACACCUUUGGAAAGUUACAGUGCCAUCCUUAUCCACAUGAGUACGUUGAUACAUCCAAACAGUGUUCCCAUUGUGCCUUUUUUAUGGGUUUGCAAAGAAAACAGGGGGAAAUAAUCCAGGAAGGUCAGCAGUUUGAUAUACGGGGAACAGUUGAUGAAUUCAGACACUCUAUUAAUAUGUACAUGUUUUGGAAACCGGGAAUGGAGAUCUAUGUUUCACAUGUUCGUAGAAAGCAGAUUCCAUCUUAUGUAUUCCCAGAAGGUUACAAAAGAUCCCGCCCACAAAGGCCUGUUAACCAGCAGCAGGGUGAUGAAGCAUGUAGGACUGGAUCCAGUGAGAAACAUAUGAAGAGGAAGAAAGAUCCUGAGGAAGUAGAUGUGGAGCAAGAUAAAGCAGCAAAACGGCUAACCAUUAGUCCACAGAGGCAGGACUCGGUUUCUCCUGAAAUUAUUAGUCACAGGUUCAGCAGUUCAUCACAGGAAUGUUCAGCGUCAGGUUCUGCAAAAGCAAAAGAGAUUGUUGAAGGGGACAGAAAAUGCCAGGUGGGUAUGGGCAAACUGGAAGAUUUGGUGUCAACUAAUGUAGAGAAUAUCGAGAUGGGAGCCAUUGGGAGAGGGAUGAGGUGGAUGAAGGCUGAUGAGAAGGGCAAUAUAGAGCCAGAUAAAUCAGACAAGCCGAUACCUUGCACAGGAAAUGCCGAGGCUGGAAGUGUCUCUAAUUCUAGUGCUGUCACUAGCAUUACAAGUGAGGUCAGUUCUUCUGGGGAUGUUGGAUUUGAAUCAGUAGGAGGCAGUAGUGAUGGGAACACUGGCAGUGUUGAAGGGAGCAAUAUCCUUGGUAUUUCACAGGGUGAUUCAUGUGAGGCAGAUUCUGAAUUGCUUCUGGAGAAUGGUUGCCUGAAUGCCAAGGAAGGAUUUCAAGAUGGAUUACAUGAAGAGUUAGAGCCAAAUGCUGCCCUUGGGAUUGUGUUGAAAUCUAGAGGUGGAGUUGACUCGGAACCUGUGCCAAAAUCAGUGUUGAGCAGGUUGAGUCUAACAUCAACAGCGUGAAAGACCAGAAUUCAACUGGAACCGAGAAACACCGAGAUGGCUCAGAAGAGAGACAGAAAGCCAGCAGUUCUGGUAAGUGACAUGUUAAUUGCUGGCUUUCAUUUCUUUCUUUUUUUUCAGGCAGGCUCUCGAAUGCUAUAUUUGCGGUUUUUGGGAACCAAACAAAGAAAAACAACAAACAAUAUUGAUCUGAAGAGCAGAGGGUGCAGCUUUGCUACUUUCCUGUACAGUUUUAGUUUAUGAAUCAAGCUGUGCUGCAUAAGAGAUUGAGCUCCCACAUGGCUCAUGAAAAGGGGGUAAUGUGGUUGAUGCUCAUCAUGUUUAGCAGGCAGCAACUAGGGUUGUAGUUAUUUUCGCUUUCUAUGCGGGUGUGUGGGAAAGUGUCCAAGUGUGCCUUCUUUGUGAAAAUGGUUGGGAUAAUGUUUAUGUUAAGGUUACAGACUCUAAAAGAGAGGGGGAGAAUGCGAAGGGAGGUGUGGUUAUUGGGGGUGUGCCUGCCCUCUCACAUUUCAGUACACUCGAUUGAUGCCUUUGUAAUCAACACCUUUACUUAAUAUAUAUCAACCCUCUUCGUUCUCUGUGUA